CUUCAACACCGAACAUCAUCAACAACAACCACGACCACCAAAGAUGUUCAGCACACUCCCCCGAUUACGAGACACGAACAAUCAAUCCCACUACUACACACCCCACGUCCCAUCACCACUCUCUUCCUCUCCACUGCGCAAUUCUCCCUCCCCGCUCUCGCCCCGCGACGCAAAUGUGCCUUCACGCGCCGCCGACACCAUCAUGUCUUCUCCGACUAAACCAUCGCGGAUGAAAACCGAGUCGCAUAUCUCCUCUACUACACCAUCACCGAACGCAUUACCGUCUCCGCCGCCGUCGCGUAAGGAGAGUAGUUUCAGUAAGCGGACGACGAAGGUUAAUCCGCUGAUUCACGGACGGGCGAGCGCGGAUGAGGGGCGCGAGACGAGGAGGAAGCUGUUCUUGAAGAAUGUUAGGGAGGCGAGUGAGGAGAAGAGGUGGAAGAAUAGGGGUGGGGAUGAGGAGAUUAUGCGGUGUAUUUGGGUUGCUGAGCAGAGGAGAUUGGAGGAAAGGAUGAGGAAAGAGGUUAUGGGGAUUGAGGCUGAUGUGGAAGAGGAGGAAUUGAGUAUUGAUGAGGUUAUGGCUGAUGAAGUCGCGUUGAAUGAGGAGCAGGAGUUGGAAGCUCUUCUUGGAUAUCUCGACCACGGCACUGGGAAUCAAGCUUUGGAUGAACCGAUGUUGCCGCAACAUAACAUGAAUGCCCCGAUGUGGAGCAAUUCCAACGACCAAAAGCCGGCAAAUUCAGCAUCUCAGGACCAUGUGCGAUCAGACACACCGUACGGUAGUGAUGAUGAGUACGAUGAUAUCUUCAUGGAUGUCAUUCACGAGGAAGAGCGAAUGUCAAGCCAGCAACAAUCCUCUGGUUAUCCACAGGAUCAAGACAUGAUGGAUAUGAGUUAGUGUUGAUGGAUUUUCCGAGCAUUUGCUUAGCAUUUGAGCGCAGGCGUUUUGAGCAGACAUUAUUCGAGUCAUCAACGGAAGCAUAGGGAGGCGUUAUGGGGUAUCAUUGUAUAUACUCAUGUUGGAGUAUUACGAGCUUUGAUCACAAGCUUGGUCCAGAGUAUUUGGGAUUGGCUUUCUUCAUUGCGUCGGACAACUCUCUUCCGGCGCCCCAAAAGCUUCUUGCGCUGCUGCCAUAUCUCCAACAAGAUCUGGAGGUGGAGAUCCAGCCGCUUGCAUCU